AUGGCAAAAGCUCCUGGACAGGAUACACCAGGUCCUGUUUCACUUGAAAUAGGAACUCGUGUCUGUGAUUAUAUUAUCGGUCCUAAGAUCGGCCAAGGUGCUUUCGGUGAGAUUUACUGCGCAAUUGAUCAAAAUACUGGAAUUCUUUGGGCACUUAAAACAGAAUCAUCACUUGUAAAUAAAAAAGUAUUACCCUACGAAUACCAAGUUCUUGACAAAAUCCAAGAAUCUCCUCAUUUCCCUCGCGUUGGAAUGAUGGGAACUGGACCAGAAUAUUCCUUCUUUUCUAUGGAAUUACUUGGUCCAUCAAUAUCCCAUAUCCUUAAAUCAAUUCCAGGCAACAAAUUUACAUUUUCAACAGCAAUUCGUGCUUCAUAUCACAUGUUAAAGUGUAUUGAAGCUCUUCAUAUAUACGGAUAUGUUCACCGUGAUAUCAAGCCUGGAAAUAUUUUAACACGUGAAGGUACAGAACAUCCUCUUUGUUUAAUUGACUUCGGUUUAGCGAGAUGUUUCGUUAAUCCUGAAACAGGCAUGCAUCUUUUACAAAGACCUCCAUCUGGCUUCAGAGGAACUAGAGCUUAUGCAAGUUUGCAUGCACAUUAUGGAGAAGAUUUAGCUCGUCGCGAUGACGUCAUUAGCUGGUUCUAUUCGGCUUACGAAUUCAUUACAGGAACGCUUCCCUGGAAGAAAAGUAGUGAUAGCAGUGAAACACAACAGAUGAAAGAACAUUUCGAUCCUUCUGAAGCAUUGUCAACAAUUGCUCCAGAAAUGAUUAAAGUUUGGAAGCAUAUACUUACAUUGGAAUUCAUGGAUAUGCCAAAUUACGGACUUUGCUACAGAGCAAUGGCUGCAAUUUGUAAACGAUGCAAUAUUAAGUUAAAUGAUCCAUUUGAUUGGGGCGCUUACCUUCAUUCGCACAGACAGAAAGUUGCACAGUCUCUAAAGUCAUUUGGAGACAAAUUAAAUGGACCUGUUCACGGAUACAUCGUUAGAACACAGCCAGGACAAAGCAACGCUAAAGGUCUUGACGAACUUGAAGGAGAUGAAGACCAAUGCUAUAUUGCAUAG